AUGAAAGACCGGCUAAACGAGCUGCGUGAAUUUGCCAGGUUACACAACCAACAGUUUUCUGAUAGCGAGGAUGAUGAAAAUUCACUGCACGAUGUUCUCCUUUAUGAGACUGAUUAUGCCUUGGAAAUUCUUCAUAAAGACAUAGAGAAUAUCCGGACAGAAAAUGACCACCUAAAAGAGGAUGUCAGGCGGCUCAGAAAGCAAAACAACCGCUUCCUUACUUCCAUGCGCCGUCUUAGUAGCAUCAAACGAGAUACUAAUUGUAUUGCCAGAGACAUCAAGGCCCGCGGAGAAAGCAUCCACAGGAAACUCCAGAUAAUGAGAGAUUUCAGCGAAGAUGCAAUAACGAAGUACGGGGCUAUGUCUGUCAUUGCCAGGGUAGCGAAGAACCACUACGUUGACCUCAUGCAUGCAUUUCAGGAAGCGAUGUUUGAAUACAAUGCAACAGAGAUGAACCAGCGGGAGAACUGCAAGAUUCGAAUUCAGCGGCAGCUAGAGAUCAUGGGCAAAGAUGUUUCUGGCAACCAGAUUGAGGAGAUGAUUGAGCAAGGCAAGUGGGAUGUCUUCUCUGAGAAUCUCUUGUCGGAUGUUAAGGGGGCUCGCUCAGCCCUGAACGAGAUAGAGACACGUCAUAAGGAGCUGGUGAAGUUGGAAGGCCGCAUUAAGGAAGUUCAUGAGCUCUUUCUGCAGGUGGCCCUGCUAGUGGAGGAACAGGCGGACACCUUCGACGUCAUUGAGAUAAAUAUGCAAAAUGUUGAGGACUACGUAGGAGAAGCUAAAGAGCAAGUGAAAAAAGCUUUGGAAUACAGGAGAAAACACCCCCUCAGAACAAUCCUCUGCUGCUGCUUAUCCUGUUGCAGAAGGUGA